GUUUAGAAAUAGUCGAAGAGUGGAAAAAAAUAUAUAUUGAAAUUAUUUUAAAAAUAUCAUAUUUAGCUCAAAAUGAUUAAGCUUUUCUCUUUAAAACAACAGAAAAAGGAUGGAGAAAGUGGGGGACAGCAGAAAUCCACAAGAUCAGCAGCUCAGCUUAGAAUUACAAAAGAUAUUAAUGAACUGAACCUUCCGCGUACAUGCACAACAACUUUUCCAGAUCCAAAUGAUUUGCUUAAUUUCAAAAUGAUUAUUUGUCCAGAUGAAGGAUACUAUCGUAGUGGACGUUUUAUUUUUAAUUUUAAGGUCGGUCCAAAUUAUCCUCAUGAGCCACCAAAAGUAAAAUGUGAGACAAAAGUUUAUCACCCAAAUAUCGAUUUGGAAGGAAAUGUAUGUUUAAAUAUCUUGCGUGAAGAUUGGAAACCUGUUUUGACAAUUAACUCAAUUGUUUAUGGGUUGCAGUAUCUUUUUUUGGAGCCUAAUGCUGAAGAUCCAUUGAAUAAGGAAGCUGCUGAUGUUCUUCAAAAUAAUCGUCGUCUUUUCGAGCACAAUGUCUCGAAAGCUAUGCGUGGAGCUUAUAUUGGAAACGUCUAUUUUGAUCGUUGUCUUAACACAAACUGAUAUACUAAAACGACUGCCAACAUUAACAUCAACUCCAAAACUUUCUUCAUCAUCAACUGUUUCAUCAUUCUUUUGAUUGGCGGUUCCUAUAUCAAGUAUAUUUAGAAUGCAAGAUCUUCAACAAAAAAAAAAAAAAAAAACAAUUUAACACAAAGAAUUAUGUUUUCUGCAUCACUAUAUAUGAUCUAUAAAUCCUUAGAAUGUGAAACAAAAUUAAAUCAAGUUUUUAAAAUUUUUCAAGUUCUCGCCUUUAUUUUUUCACAAUUUUAAAAUAUUUCAAAAAUAAUAAAUGACGCUUGUUUUAUGUUUUUUUAAACAAUUUAAAAGAAAAUUCAAUGUACGUAGUUCUUUACAUUUUUCAACAAGUCAAGUUAAGAAGAAAAGCACCUAGUAAUGAUUUUUCCUCUCCCUUCCUUGCUUUUAUCUUCUAUUGUGAAAAAACAAAGAAAUUUAAACUUUAAAAAAAAACACGAAACAAUUCCGACAAUUUUU